UUGAAUCCCAAACGCUGAAGAAGUCAUCGUUGGGGUCUCCAGUCUCCUCCUGCCUCCCAUCGUCUGCUCCCCUGCUUGAUCCAGCCGUCAAUGGCGGAUCCCUCCGAAGCUAAAGGGGAAGGAUCCCUGCGGAAGGCCUUCGGGGGUGUUCUCGGAGUAUUCAUUCUCCUCCUGAUUGGAACCCUAGCCUUCUCGAUCCGCCUCUUCUCGGUCAUCAAGUAUGAGAGUGUGAUUCACGAGUUCGAUCCGUACUUCAAUUACAGAGUCACUCAGUUUCUCACAAAGAAUGGAAUUUACGACUUUUGGAAUUGGUUUGAUGAUCGAACCUGGUAUCCCCUUGGUCGUGUAAUAGGUGGAACUGUUUACCCUGGUUUAACACUAACAGCUGGUUCCAUAUGGUGGCUGUUGAAUAACUUGAACAUUCCUCUAUCAGUGGAGACUGUCUGUGUAUUCACAGCUCCUAUUUUCUCAGCUAAUGCAGCAUGGGCUACAUAUCUUCUCACAAAGGAAGUCAAGGGAACUGGAGCUGGUUUAACUGCAGCAGCCCUAUUGGCAAUGGUCCCCUCAUAUAUUUCACGAUCUGUGGCUGGAAGCUAUGACAAUGAAGCUGUUGCAAUAUUUGCCCUAAUUUUCACUUUUUAUCUUUAUAUCAAGACACUGAAUACUGGAUCCCUCUUUUAUGCCACCUUGAAUGCUCUAUCGUACUUCUACAUGGUGUGCUCUUGGGGAGGCUAUACGUUCAUUAUUAACCUUAUUCCAAUGCACGUCCUUCUCUGCAUUGUAACUGGCCGUUACUCAUCACGUUUGUACAUUGCCUAUGCUCCUCUUGUUGUUCUAGGAACACUAUUAGCUUCCUUGGUGCCUGUGGUUGGUUUCAAUGCAGUGAUGACGUCUGAGCACUUUGCUUCAUUUUUGGUUUUCAUCAUUCUUCAUGUCGUUGCUUUAGUUUAUUACAUCAAGGGAAUAUUAUCUCCUAAGAUGUUUAAAGUGGCUAUGACACUUGUUGUUACAAUUGGCAUUGCUGUUUGCUCUGCAGUUUUAGCUAUUCUCAUAGCAUUGGUUGCCUCUAGCCCAACAAAAGGUUGGAGUGGACGUAGCUUGAGUCUUCUUGAUCCAACUUAUGCGAGCAAGUACAUACCGAUCAUUGCUAGUGUUAGCGAACAUCAGCCACCAACAUGGCCUUCUUAUUUCAUGGACAUCAAUGUGUUGGCUUUCUUGGUUCCAGCUGGCAUUGUUGCAUGCUUUUUACCUCUCUCUGAUGCAAGCUCAUUUGUGAUUUUGUAUAUAGCAACCUCGGUAUAUUUUUCUGGAGUUAUGGUACGUCUUAUGCUUGUUUUGGCUCCUGCUGCAUGCAUUAUGUCUGGCAUUGCUCUCUCAGAAGCCUUUGAUGCCUUCACACGGUCUAUCAAAUUUCAACUUCCUAAAUUAUUUGAAGCUUCGCCUUCUGAUGCAGGGGAUACUAACCGUGGCACUCAAGAUGAACCAACAAAGGUUGAUAACAACACUCCAACAGAAAAAACUGAAACUACUGCAAAGGAAAGACCAUCAGAGAAGCAUAGGAAGAAAGAAAAAAAAAAAUUGGAGAAAGGUAAAGAAAUUAAGGAGAAAGGAAAAGAAAACACUGAUAAGGUGUCGAAUAAACCUUUAAAUGCUAAGAAACUUCUGGUACUGCCUUUGGAGGCUUCUGCAGUUGCCAUUCUUCUACUGCUCAUUCUUGGAGCCUUUUAUGUGGUUCAUUGUGUCUGGGCAGCUGCAGAAGCUUAUUCUGCCCCAUCGAUUGUUCUAACAUCUCAUUCCCAUGACGGCCUGCAUGUUUUCGAUGAUUUUCGUGAAGCAUACGCGUGGUUAAAGCAUAACACUGAUGUAGAUGAUAAGGUUGCAUCUUGGUGGGACUAUGGUUAUCAAACAACUGCAAUGGCAAACCGCACUGUCAUUGUCGACAAUAAUACCUGGAAUAACACUCAUAUUGCUACUGUUGGUACUGCUAUGUCCUCGCCAGAGAAACCAGCUUGGGAUAUCUUCAAUUCCCUGGAUGUCAAAUAUGUUCUUGUUGUUUUUGGAGGUCUUGUGGGAUACUCAAGUGACGACAUUAACAAAUUCUUGUGGAUGGUUCGAAUUGGAGGCGGUGUCUUUCCACAUAUCAGAGAGCCUGAUUAUCUUAGGGAUGGUCAGUAUCGAAUCGAUGCACAUGCUACGCCAACAAUGCUCAAUUGCCUAAUGUACAAGUUGUCAUACUACAGGUUUGUGGAAACAGAUGGUAAAGGUUUUGAUAGAGUCAGGGGGACAGAAAUAGGGAAGAAACAUUUCAGACUAACACAUUUUGAAGAGGUGUUUACUACACAUCAUUGGAUGGUUCGAAUAUAUAAACUGAAAUCACCAAAGAAUAGGAUACGUGGAAAAUCGAAGAAAAAAACAAAUCCUAAAACGACUUCUAAGAUCAAUUCAAACAAGAAUGUUAAGAAGAAUCCUUGGCAGUGAACUACAAUAACAGUUAGUCAUAUGCAUGUCGGAACAUUUUACGAGGUAGUUACAGAUCAGUGACGUUCUUUUUGUAUUUAUAUUACGAGAACCAUGCAAUUUUUGACAGGAGAGACAGUUUGGAUCUAAUCAAUUUUCAUGUAUUGUGUUAAUUUACCAUGUACAAUUUAUUGGAUCCACAUUGAGUUGGAAAUGCCUUUAUAAAUUUCUGCUCAUAUCAGCAAUUUGCGUUCU